AUGUCUGAUCACACUAAAUCACCAGGUCAUGAGUCAACAGCGACUCAGCCUCUACUAUCACCAACACCUAUACCUCCACCCGAUGAGUCUGACAAGACCACCUACAAUGCCAAGGCUGAGAUCCUCAACCGUGCAAUCCAAGAAAUUGGCAUGGGUCGCUACCAAUGGCAAUUAUUCAUUGUAAUCGGCUUUGGCUGGGCAAGCGAUAACCUCUGGCCGAUCGUGACUUCUCUCAUUCUCGCACCAGUAUCAUAUGAAUUCCAGAUCAACAAGGGGGGCCUCCUAACUCUUGCCCAAAAUAUCGGGCUGCUAGUCGGCGCCGUAUUCUGGGGUUUCGGAUGUGAUAUUUUCGGUCGGACGUGGGCUUUUAACCUCACCAUCGGAGUAACUGCCGUGUUCGCCUUGAUCGCAGCGGGGUCACCGGUUUUCGGUGCGGCAUGUACCUUUGCGGCGUUGUGGUCUGUUGGUGUAGGUGGGAACUUACCCGUGGACUCUGCUAUUUUCUUGGAGUUUUUGCCUGGGUCGCAUCAGUAUUUAUUGACGGUUUUAUCGGUCGAUUGGGCUUUCGCACAGGUUUUGGCAACACUUAUUGCGUGGCCGCUUUUAGGUGAUCUCACAUGUUCUCAGGCGGAGGGGUGUGCCAAGGCGAAUAACAUGGGGUGGAGGUAUUUUCUGAUCGCCAUGGGUGGCUUGGCGAUGAUCAUGUUUAUCGGUCGCUUUAUAUUUUUCACUAUGUAUGAGUCGCCAAAGUACUUAAUGGGGAAGGGACGGAAUGGAGAUGCGGUGGAUGUGAUACAUGAAGUGGCGCGACGAAAUGGGAGAACAUCGUCUUUGACCCGUGAGGACCUGGAUAUCUUGGACCGGGAGCAAGAGCAGUUACAGGGUUUCCACGCCACGAGCCUAGUCCGUCAGCGACUGGAGAAGGUCAAUUUCGAGCAUGUACGCGCGCUAUUCGACAGCCCGAAGCGAGCUUAUUCAACAACAUUGAUUAUCCUCGUCUGGGCACUAAUCGGCUUGGGAUACCCUCUCUAUAACGCCUUCCUUCCCUAUAUCACUGCCCAGCGUGGUGCAGCGUACGGCGACGGAUCAACAUAUAUCACGUACCGUAACUCAUUGAUUAUCGCUGUGAUGGGCAUCCCGGGCUGCCUAUUCGGUGGCUUUCUUGUUGAACUCCCACGAUUUGGACGAAGAGGUACUCUUUCUGUCUCGACUGUACUGACAGGUGUCUUUCUUCUGGCAUCGACUACAGCAUCCACAUCUGAUGCCCUUCUUGGAUGGAACUGCGUGUUCAGCUUCAUGAGCAGUCUGAUGUAUGCUGUGCUUUACGCGUAUACACCGGAAAUCUUCCUCACAAAGGACCGUGGUACUGGCAAUGCAUUGACUGCAUCUGCCAAUCGUGUGUUUGGAAUCAUGUCGCCCAUUAUCGCCAUGUUUGCAAAUCUGGAGACUGCCAUUCCAGUAUAUGUCAGUGGAACCCUCUUUCUCACAGCGGGGCUUCUGGUUGUAUCGAUGCCAUAUGAGUCCCAAGGGAAAGCAAGCCUGUGA